GACGUCCAUCGUAAGCGACGAUUAACCGCCUUCAAAACAAGCAGGAACGCUGUCUAACCAGCAGCUGUUUAGCUUCAUAUCUGCGCUGUUAUCAUAGCUCAGUGGGGUUUCUGUUGUUACAGAUGUUUACAGUGAUGUGUAUGACGGUUGUUGUCUAUAUUUUUACAGAGUAAAAUUUGAAUGUAGAUUUAUUUUUAAAUUUCGCGCUGUUUGCGCCGCCUCUGCGGUAUGGAGGUCGGUUGCCUCAGGCACAAAAAUCAGUGAAAGUAUAUUUUUUUCCUGGGAUUUUUUUUUUUUUUUUUUUUUCUGGAGAGGCUCCUGUUUUUCAAAUGGAGGUGACGGAUAUUGGGAACAAGGAGGAAGGGAAAGUAUGGCAUCGAAAACCAACACCUGGCAAAAGUGUCCUGGUGACAGUGGUGCGGACCGCUCAGCAGAACAAGACGGUGCGUUUCCUCCACGUGACCUUCGACACCACAGGGGAUUCCUUCCUGGCUGGAGAUCACCAUGGCAACAUUUACCUCUUUGACAUCAGCAGAAACAGGUUUCGAUUGGUGCAGAAGACCGGACAAGCUUGUACUGCUCUGGCGUUUAGCCUCCGCAGGACAACUGAGUUUCUUGUAGCUUUGGCUGACUACACCAUCAAAUGCUUUGACAAAGACACAAAGCAGCUGGUCAGUUGGAUGCGAGGUCACGAGGGAGCGGUUUCCUCCAUCUCUGUGCACAGCUCAGGCCGGUACGCCAUCACGACGUCGUCAGACACGGCUCAGCUCUGGGACCUGGACACCUUCCAGAGAAAGAGGAAGCUGAACAUCAGACAGUCCGUCGGUAUACAAAGGGUGUUUUUCCUUCCCCUCAGCAACACCAUCCUCAGCUGUUUCAGCGAUGACUCCAUCUUUGCGUGGGAGAGCGACACCCUGUUCUGCAAAUACCAGCUCCCCGUUCCCGACUCUGGACCUAGAAUCUCAUACAAGGCCUUUGCUGUCACACGGGACGGUAAAAGCCUCGCUGCGGGGGGGCGCUCCAACCUCUUACACCUGUGGUGUUUGGACAGCCAGCGACUGCUCAAGGUGAUCCAGAUGCCGGCACAGGUUCGGACCGUCAGGCAGCUGGAGUUCCUGCCCGACAGCUUUGAUGGAGGAGCCAACCAGACUCUGGGAGUGUUGAGCCAGGACGGCGCCAUGCGCUUCAUCAACAUUCACACAUGCAGACUUCUCUUCCACAUGGGUUCUGCGGAUGAAGCGGUCGGCGCCGUCGCAGUCGGCCCAAACGGUCGGCACAUCGCGGCCAUCAUGGACAACGGCAGCAUCAACAUCUACAGCGUCCAGAGCCUGACGCAGGAGUUAAACAAGCCCCCUCCCUCCCAGGUGGCUGUGGUCUCGGGUGGUGAAGCUGAUCAGAACCUGUCUGGCAUAAAGAUGAAGGUUAAAUCAGAGGGAGUUCAGAGACCGGCCAGGAGCUCAGGCAGAAGACCUCAGGUGAAGAUGCUGAGACCACCUGCAGUGUCCUCAGCUGAGGAUAAAGAGAACGAACUGCCAGCUGGUCUGAACAAGAAGAGACUCGUUGCUCUGCUGAAAGCCUUCGGAGAGUUCCCCGCUAAAUACAGGAUGUUUGUGUGGAGAUCCCUGCUGUGCCUCCCAGAGAACCACGCAGCCUACAGCAGUCUGACAGACAAAGGCCUGCAUACGGCCUUCCUCACGCUGCACGACAAGUACCCCAUCAAGAGCCACAAGCUGCAGCGAGGGCUGCAGAGGGUUUUAUCUGCCUUAGCUCACUGGGCAGCCAUUUUUGCAGAGGUAGAAUAUCUCCCUCUGGUGGCGUUUCCUUUCGUCAAGCUUUUCCAGAACAAUCCCAUGCUCUGCUUUGAGGUGGUGGCUACCGUCAUAGUGAACUGGUGCCAGCACUGGUUUGAGUAUUUCCCCAACCCUCCGCUGAACAUCCUGAGCAUGGCUGAGAACGUUCUGGCUCAUCACGACCAGGAGCUGCUGCAGCACCUGGUGGACUGCGGCGUCACCUCCCAGCUGUACGUGUGGCCCCUGCUGGAGACCUUGUUCUCAGAGGUUCUCACACGCGACGAGUGGCUGCGACUGUUCGACAACGUCUUCUCCAACCACCCGUCCUUCCUGCUGAUGGCCUGCGUGGCUUACGUCAUCUCCUGCCGGGAGCCCCUGCUGCUGUGCUCCCAGAAGAAGGACUUUGAGUACUUUUUUCACCAUCGCAACAACCUGGAUGUCGGGGCUAUGAUAAAGGAGGCUUACAGGAUCGCGGGCAGCACGCCAGCAGACAUCCAUCCCCGAACGAUGCUGUCCGACUUUACCGCCCUCACCGGCGGCCAGUACCCCGUCUUCAACCAGUACCCAGAAUUCAUAGUGGAAUACCAAAGCAGGGAGAGGGAGCGAAUACGUCUGCAGGAGAUGGAGUAUCUAAAAGAAAGGCAGGAGUUGUCGGCGCUGCGUGCGGAUUUUGUGCGUCGCCAAGCCGAAGAGAAAGCUUACUACGCCCAACAGGAGUUGCUUCAGAAAGCAGAGGAGCACCGCAGAAACAUCCUGGCACAAGAAGAGGACAAGCUGGCGCAGCAGAGGACAAAGUUGGCAGCUAUGAAGAGAGAGCUGAAGGUGAGGGAGUUAAACCUGCUGGACGCGACUAGAAGACGCUUCCUCAAACACCAGCAGGAGCAGCAAGCCUCACAGAUACACAGACUGGACCAGGAGAUCAGCAGGAAGAUGGAUCUGCGGGAGCAGGAGACGGCUGCGGCGGUCCAGGACCUGGAAGUCCGACAGAUGGAGUUGGAGGCGCAGAGGAAACGGCUUGAGCAGGACUUGCUGAAGGAGCAGGAGCGCGUAGGACGGGCGGUUGAAGAGGAGGUCCAGCUGAAAAUGAGGGAGGCCGAGAGGGCAGACGAGAGCUACUCGGAGCUGCUGCACAGCGCAGAGAGCAACCUGCAGGCCCUGGAGGAGUCCCUGGCAGAGGCACACCAGCUGGGCCUGGAGUCCGACUGGCAGAGAGAGGUGCUGGAGCGCCUGCAGCGGGUCGACGCUGAGCAGGAGAGGAAGAGGGAGAGGCUGGCGCAGCUUCAAAGGCAAACUCUGGCAGAGGAGGGGAGGCUGGCUCACACCAUGAGGGAAGUGGCCGGGAGAAAAUGGGACGAGGUGAUGAGCAGCAGGGCACAGCUACAGGAGCAGCGACUGGCCUCGUCCGCAGCAGAAACAGAAGGAGGGAGACAGAGGAAGGUGGAGUCAGCGGGUCCGUCUGGAGGACUUCUUCACAGGCCUGCUGCUUCUGUUGCAGCCAAAGGUGUAAACACAGCCACGGGAGGCGGUUCUUCCCCCACCCAGCGGCAGGGAGGAGCCAGCAUGGUGUGUCUGAACAGCAGCUCACCUUCAGGGAGCAGCUCCACCCACUUCUCCCUGGACCGGGGCCGGGCCCACUUGGACAGCAGCGAGAGGGAGCUGCUGAAGGAAAUCAGGGAGCUGAGACAGAAGCUGGCAGCGCGAGCCAGAGAGGGCAGCUCGGCCUCCUCGCCGUCUGUCCACGCGCUGUCCUCCGUCCCCCAGUGACCGCGGUCCGCCUCCCGCCAUCUGUCAUCCGCCUGUUUAAGGAAACCUUCCCGGCCGAAGCUCACGGCAGCGACAGAAACAGUGACUCAGACUGUGGAGCGUGCCCACCAGCUGCCGCUGCUUUAACUUGCCAUCCGUCUCAGACAGGUCAUGGGUCUCUGAGUGAUGGCAGCUCUAUGCAGCUGAACUCAGAGUGCAGGACAGGAUUCUCUGCCAACAUCCUUGAACGGCGGUCACAGCUUUAUUUCAUUUAGAUCGGUUCUGACAGGCUGGGGAUUGCAUCGUCUUUGUGAUCAACAGACGAACUGCAGAGGAAACGGAGGCUUUUCCUCCUGCUAAUGUCUCCUCUCUGCGUUAUUCUUGUCUUUGCUGUAUGAGAAGUCCUUAUUCAGCAAAAAAACAA